ACUAUCCAAGUAAUCGUCUUUAAAUCUUCUUAUCUCGCUCGAAUACAAAUUCUAGAAUUCAUAGUCUCGUUUCUCAAUCAGUACUUUCCACAAUCUCCCAAUACUCAAAAUAUUCAUUACAAUGUUUCUUGUUGACUGGUUCUAUGGAGUUCUUGCAUCACUUGGGUUAUGGCAUAAAGAAGCAAAGGUCUUGUUUUUAGGACUUGAUAAUUCUGGGAAGACAACGUUACUUCAGAUGUUGAAAAACGAGAAAUUGGUUCAACACCAACCUACACUCCAUCCAACAUCAGAGGAGUUAACCAUCGGAAAGAUCGUGUUUAAGGUUUUCGAUUUGGGUGGACAUCAAAUCGCACGAAGAGUGUGGAAAGAUUACUACGCCAAGGUGGAUGCGGUGGUGUAUCUGAUUGACGCAUCCGACCAGGAGAGGUUCGCAGAAUCGAGAAGGGAACUAGAGAAUCUCCUCUUAGAUGAUGCUUUAUCAACUGUACCGUUCCUUGUGUUGGGAAACAAGAUUGACAAAUGCACUGCAGUUUCGGAAGAGAAUUUGCAGCAUGAUUUUGGUCUCACCGGUUCUACAACAGGCAAAGGAAUUGUAAAUCUUGCAAACUCAAGUAUACGACCUCUUGAGGUCUUCAUGUGCAGUAUUGUCAGACAAUCAGGUUAUGGGGAAGGAUUGCAAUGGAUCUCUCAGUAUAUCAAGUAGAAGAAUAUACUUCCAGUCGUAUGACUCCAGUAUCUAUAAAAUAGUGCGAUUAUCAUGUUAUUUCUUUUUGCUGCAUAUAUUGUAGCUGCAACAGAGUAUUGAAUAGUGAAAUUUAAAAAUAAAAAA